GGAGGCACUACAUUUCUCCACAACAUACACGCUUCAUCUCAACCUGUUACUGCCAACACGCUAUUGUUCAACAUGACAUACACACACUUACUCAAACCAGUGCUUUCCUUUCUGCUAAAAACCGCUUAAAAAUCGUUUCUUAAAAAAAAUCUUGUCGUUCUGUUACUUGAUCGCAGCAUGUGGAACAGGACGGACGACGACGUAUAUCGGUGUUACAACAGGAGCUCUGAAGAGAUGAUGAGUCGGGCAGAUUUGGCGGAUGAAAGCGGAACCAACGGGAAAGAUGUCGUACAUCGUCGCAGUGUCUUUUUGAAAACGGUGUUUUAGACUUAACAGAGAAGACAUGUUUCUUAUUAAACGGGAGACCUCCAUCAAACCUAUGUAAUUCCUCUGCACGUCGAUUAAUAAACGGUAUCCUCCCUGCUGUGUGUGAAGGAAGCACUCAAAGAAGCAAUGCUCUUCUUCACUAGUUUGCUGAUGGGGUUGAGACUGUGACCUUUACCGAUAUGGUUUGCAGCGAGCAGAGUUCUGGCACAUCAGUGCCCAAAAAGGAGACCCAGAGCCGCAAGAAGAGGAAAUCCCGUCCUCAGGGUCUGCCCUCUCCAGCCCUGUGUUGUGCAUGUGGAUUGUGCAUUAUGUUGGCAGGCAUCAACAUCACUUUGGUGGGUGCUUUCGCCUUUAGCACACUUGUGCCCUCCAGCAAUCCUCCAAUCAUCAUUGGACCUAUACUUCUACUGGUGGCGUUCUCCUUCUUCGGAGCCUGUUGCAUCUGCAGUCGGUUGCCUCCUCCUCAAAGCUCUCGCCGGUCCAAGGGAGGUGGUGGUUUGGGCUUCAUGGGUCGAGGAGCAGGUGGGUUGGGUGGAGGUGCAGCAUUUGAGAUUGAAACCAGUGAGCAUACGAUGCAGGACACCACAGCGGUGCAGCUCAGCCCCACCAACUCACCCUGCUCCUCUCACGCCUCCAGUCCAGAGAGCGAGGCUCUGGCCAAUGCCACCAAUGCGACCGUUCCUGCCCCAGAGUACGUCCCACCACGAGCCUGCAAGCUCUUCACUAUGGAGUCCAAUGGACCCAAUUCAGCUUUGGCAGCCUUUUCGGCUUCUACAGGGGGCGGAGGGGCGGUCCGACUCACUUUGCCCUCAGACUGUGCCGCCACUUAAGGCUGUCGGUUUAGGUUGCUCUGUGGAGAAAGGCCUGGUAUAACAUUGUGUAAAUAGGUUUGCAGAAGGGAAGACAGUGCUUUGCAUGGAGUUCCAUUUGAUUGUCACAGCUGGCAUAUGCCAUGAGGUGCAAUAACAGAAAAACGUUCCUGUGAGGGCUGUGCCACGUGUGUCUAAUAAAAACGACAGCAUAUGAAGAGCUUUUAUUCUCUUAUGCUCCCAUACCCGAAGAGAGAGAUAGAGAGCCUUGAAAGCUGAAUUACUGUGGUGUGUUUCACAUAUUCAUACUGUGCCACUGUUACUCAGAGCGUUCACAGUUACUGCGCUCAAAACAGACAGAAUCAGCUGUUGUGUAAAGAGCCGAAGAAACAGAACCAGUGAAUCAGCAGAGAAAAACACAGAGGAUUGUUAUAUGUCAGUUCACAGACCGAAAAACACACUGUAGGAUGUUAACAGUGUUUUUCAAAUCUGAAUUCAAAAAUGGCUGAACUGCCAAUAGCCAUGAUGGAGAUGUUGUAUAUUUUCUCUUAAACAUGUCAGUGUUUUAAAUCAGUUCAAUGCUAAAAAUACAUUUGGCUGUGAGUGUUCCCUUUUUGAUGACUUUCCAUGACCAAGUGCUUUGGAUUUGGUGUUUUUCGGAUGCGCAAAUAAGCCGUGACACUGUGUAAAACAUUUUCUAUUAAAUCAUGACUCUUGAAAAUUAGGUUACUUAGUGGUACCGAUGAAGUGCGGAAUAAAAACAACUCAGUUUCCAUAUGGAAAAAUGCAUUAGGGUAAGAUUUGCGAUAACACAGAUUUGUCAACAAAUAUGCAAUUAAGAAGAGCCAGUUAUUGUAUUGAGCUGUACUCGUACUAAUGUUUCAUUUUAUUUGUUGUUGAGAGUUGUGACAUUAUUUAAUGAACCAACAGGCUAUUUAUCUGUAAAAGAAAUAGCCGCAAACAUUUAGUUUACACUGUGGUUUAUAGUGCUGCCAAGUAAACCGUUAUCUCUCUUUUCCUUGUAAUUGCCUAAGGCUGUUUUCUCCCCCAUGUAUCUUUCCGUCUUAUGUUUAAUAUUAAAAUAAGAAUGCAUAUUUCCAACUGCUCACUGUAUUUUUCCCCAAACUGUCACUCUGUCUCUCUAUUUUACUUCUUUUCCCUCUUGUUUUCCUUUGCCCUUUGAAAUGAAGAGCUCAAACAUGCCCUCCAUCACUGACCUACGCUGAUGGUUCAAGCCAAACAGUAAAACAAUUUCCGUCAUGUUGAUUCUAUCAGAGAGGUCUCCUCAAAUCAGCUUUCUUUGACUCUGUGGCAGAAUCACCAGCACACUCAUAAAAAAAGCAAAGGACAUCGUCUAAUUAGCUUAAACCUUUGCGACAAUACAGAUGAUCAAAAUAAAGCUCGUAAAAGUAGCUAAAUUAAAGGGAUAAUUUAGGGCAAGUUUCCCCUCUUUUAUCAUUUUCAUCACCUCAAAACAGCAGAAAGGGCUGAUUUAUCCUAUGAUAUAAUUCUGUACAUUGUUUUCUUUCAUUUUUUGAGUGCCAAUGCAUCUGUCUUCUGUCAUUGUAGUGAUUACAUUUUUAAUGUGCACCUUUAUCUGUGUAAUGUAUUGGAGUAUAUUUAUUAUAAAUGAAAUGUGCAUAUGGGUCAGUAUUUGGUAAAGCGCAACAAGAACUGCACACUUACAAACAGCGCACUGUUGCCACAGAAAAAAAAACAAUAUUUCAGUGUUUUUUAAAACAUUUCAAGAGCAACAUUAAAUGGUCCGCCUGUUUGUUUCGAGAGUGCGAACUAUCCAGGUGAGAAAUAUCGGGAAAGGAGAUGUUGGACAGUGGACCCUGGACACAAUGUUUACUGUUUAGGUCCCACCUGUUUUUGUUUGCUGCUAUUUGCCAUCUAUAUACAUCUGCUGUACCAGUCUGAAUGAAUUGAAUGCUGCCUUAAUGACUGUGAUCUCAGGAUCGAACCUGUGAGGGCUACUCAAAUAUCCACUGAGAACAUUUGGUCAUGUGUAAUUAUUGUACAUUCAGAGAUAUUGUGUUGUUUUCAUUUUUUCUUGGCGUUCUUUCAAAGGUAUUUAAGUGGUAUUUGAAUGGAGAGAGGUGCAAUGAGUUGAGGUUUAGAUUACUAUUUUCUUGGCAAUAAGCCAUGUUGAGUAAAAUGACGUAUGAAUGGGGAGUUGUUAUUAGUA